CAGCAGCAGCAGGUGUUUUCCAUUUGACUAAUCAGCGGAGGUGCUUCGGCUUUUCUGAGACGUCAUGCGGACCUGAGAGUGAAAAACGUCUCUGCUUCUGUUUUGUUUAUCGACAAAUUUGACUUUAAAACUCGCCUUUAAUUUUUUCACAUUGGGGGGAUGUUUGUUUGUUUGUUUUCUUCCCUCUGUGGUGUUUUAUUUAUGACAGGUUGAGCGAGCGCGUGAAAGAAACAUGGACGAUGGAAGCAAACAGCCACAGUCGUUUGGGAGCGGACAGCAGAGAGCUCAGCACCACAGACCUUUUUUCUACGUCCAGCCUCCGUCUCAACCUUUCUACCUCUACCAGCACUGGCAGAUGAACAACCCGUACACUCACUACGGUGCGCCUGCAGGUUUUAACUAUGGCCGUCCCUGCAUGCCUCCGUACCAGUACGUGCAUUACCCUGGGUUUGUUUUCCAACACGCCCCGAUUUAUCCGAUGGAUUACAGGCGAGUGUUUGAGCCUCGUUUCCACGCUCCCAACUGGAGCAACGUUCCUCGCCAUCAACAGCAGCAGCAUCACUCGCAGCGCCGAGAGACGGCUUGCUCAGAGGCUCAAACUGACCCCAGCGACGCUAUAACCAAACUCAUCGAGUGCCUGGAUAAAAUCCGAGUCUCUGAGCUGCAGGGUGCUGAGAGAGAGCUCGACUCCGGGGUCGCCUCACAGUCUUCUGGGAUGUUUUCACCAGGAGAGGAGAAGAAGAGUGAAGAGAAGGUUGACGUCCUGCCUCUAGUGCCUGAUGCAGAGUCUCCGGCUGUGACCUUUAGUGACUCCACGACAGCGGUGUACGACGGCGAGUCCAGCCAGAGGAGUUUAGACGUCCUGAGUCCUCCAGGAUGCUGGUCAGCGGGACUGGAAGAGGAGCUGCCUCUCGAUAGCUCAUCUGUUCACGAAGACUGUCCUGAGAUGGAGCAGCGGGCAAAAGACGAACACUUCCUUGAGAUCGCAGAAGUCGCAGAUAUCCAGACAGAUAUCUCAACGACUGAUGCAAGAGUUCUUGAAUGUGAUGCUGUGGAUCCAAUCUCCACUCAGCUGGCGCUUACAGAAGCUAAAAGUGGCGACAAGGUCUCAAAGACCGAACAUCAGAAGGCUGAACCGAGCUACCAGAUCCUCAAGCUGCCCUUUGAGAGCGCUUUGACGCCUGGAGGCGCUGCUGCCGGCCGCCUCUCCUCCCCUACUGCUCCCUACUACUACAACUACCUCUCCAUGCAGACCACACAUGAGCGCAUGAGCGUCCUCAGCCCGUCUCUGGACGAGCUGUCCUCCAGAGACGAGAUGUUCUCCACAGAUCUGGACGAUGCAGAUCUCUUCCCCAAACACAUGUACGCGGGCAGGAGGCUCGCAGAGGUUGUCAGUGGGUCUCAGAAAGCUGCAGAAGAAGAAGAAGAAGAAGAAGAAGUGUGGCUGCCGGGUUCAAAGAGGUUCAUGUGCGCCUGCUGCGGGAAAAAUCUUGCUAAAGAGGCAGCAAGGAGCAAAGUCCACAGCUCCAAGGUGUACAGGGAGGAGGCCGGAGACUCGGAGGAGGAGAGCAGGUACAGGAGAGGGUGUGAGCAGCCGGUCAGAGUGGUCGUGAGGAAGCAUUCAGCACCGAGGAGGCCGCAUGCUGUCCCACUGAGACACGCUGCAAAACCGUGGUACAAAAGAGGCCAGUACAAAGAUCCAUCAGGGCCAGCGAACCAGGAGGAGCCUCAUGAUGUUUGUAAGCAGGAUGCAGCUGAUGGAGAGGUCGGAGACAUGGCUGGAGGUGAGCUGCAGUGCAGAACGUGUCAGGACCGACUCUGCAGAGAAGAUGUGACCACGUCCAACCAGGGCAGGUGGGAAGACGGUUACGUGAUUCCCAGAAGGAGACAAACGGCCCCUCUGCAACGACAAGAGAUGAACACCCAGAGAAAAGUGAUUUAUCACAGGCCAAGAGACGAGGACAACGAUGACGAUGAGCCGCCACCGUUACACUGGGAGAGAGGCUCUACGAUGAGAGCAGAACCAAGGUGUUAAUGUCCCCAAAGUGUGUUGAACUGUCCCCCUGAAUGGUGUAAUUGUUCCAGGAUAACGUGUUAGUAAUAUUUAGAGCACCAGGUGAAAUGCACUGCACAGGAAGCCUCUUUAUGUUUAGAUAAAAGUAUAAAAAAAAACUGUAUAAAGUUUCUGCAGUGACACUGCCUCGCACUUUUCAUGAUUUAUGAAUUUCACAAAAAGGCAAAAUGGGCUGAAAGGUUGCAGAUGAUGGUGAGCCACGGUUCGGGACCAGUCCAAUAAAAUAAUGUCAUUAUUUAAA